GUUCGCCGUAACUUCUCAUAAAUCACAAUAUCUUGUACUUCCUUACAUACCCCCAGGUACCUCAAGGAUUUCAGCUCGGCGACUUCGCAACAACAAUACAUAUCCUAUUACGAUUUGUAACCGCCAAAAUGGAGAAGGAUAAUGCGAACCCUACUAUCCUAAACACCUCACAGCUUCCAACAAGACAGCGCAAGAGGGGACGUAGAGUCCAAAAAAACACCGAGUCCAUGAUCGGUGACAUCAUGCGCAAGCCACAAUAUUUGUCUGACCCUUUCUACGAUAUUUCGUGGUCUGACGAUACCGAGAGUGACGACGAGUUUACUGCUGAACCUAUUGAUGAACAGGAGGUAUACGAUUUGAUAUCGACCAUUUCUGACCCGGAACAUCCGUUGUCACUUGGUCAGUUGGCCGUUGUCAACCUGCCCGACAUCCACAUAACACCAUCUCCCUUGGUGGCUGCGGAUCCUAACACCCUAACCCAAGUACUCGUCAAGAUUACUCCUACCAUUACGCAUUGCUCGCUUGCGACUGUUAUCGGCCUCGGUGUACGAGUACGUCUAGAGCAAGCCCUCCCCCCGAACUACCGGGUGGAUGUUAUGAUCAAAGAAGGAUCCCACAGCCAAGACGAUCAGGUCAACAAACAGCUAGCCGAUAAAGAACGAGUUGCUGCAGCCUUAGAGAACGAUACGCUUAAAGGCGUCCUAGAUAAGAUGUUGGAAACCUGUGUAUGAUACCUUCCAGUGGCGAUCUAAACUCAAAACGACCAAUGGAUAGGGAGAUACCUAAGUGGUUCAAGCAUCACUAAAACAUGUUGCCACAGAGCCAAUAACUGCCUACCGCUGCCUACCUCGGCUGAUAUUUGGAAUCGUCACCCGACCUUCUCGAGGAGGACAGACGACGCAUGAACGCCAACCUAUCAGCUAGCUACAGGUUCACGAAACAGACGCCUCCCGCCUUGAUAGGCCUAGAAGUGGUAGCUACAACAGAAAGAUCUACACCGGUUGAAAAUGGGUUGAAUCGCCAAGCAAUCGCCGGUCACACAUCGGAUGCGACUCAAUAGUUACAUAGAAGGUUCCGAAGGCACAUGGCAAAUAUAGUUCAUGAAGCUUGGAAACUGCUUAGUGGUCCACUACUCAACCAUUAUAUACCUUAUUUAGCUAAAAAUAGGAUCAAGGGUUUGUUGAGUAUCAAAUCAUCUGCCCAAUUCCAAAUCGGAGACUUAUACUUUGGGAUAUUUUUUAUCCUCAGUCAAUUCGAUCGAGUUUUCUCAAGACAACUACCCUAUCUAUACAGCUUCAUUGCAACACCGGCUGUAAAAGUAGAAAAAUUACUCGUGUGACGUCUAUUUGUAUUUUGUAACUUGUAAGUGAAGUCAAGCCUGUCCCAUUUCGACUAGCACGGUUGUGGUCACGAUUGGGACGUAAGUAUUGGUCUUAUUAAUGCGGUUCAGUAAGCCCAAUU